GAGCAGCCUAGGGUUUCUGCAAUUAAACCUCCACAGCCGGGCGGCUUUGCAGAAGAAAUUCGGAAAUGCAGAUCGGAGAAGAAAGGAGACAUGGAGAAGAGAAGGAAACCCCCCCUCUGAUGGCGCUGAACCAUGUGUCGAGGGUGUGCAGAUCCGUGGAGAAAUCGGUGGAGUUUUACACCAAGGUGCUGGGUUUCGUGCUGAUUGAGCGGCCGGAGUCCUUCGACUUCGACGGCGCGUGGCUGUUCAACUACGGCGUGGGUAUUCACUUAGUGCAGUGCAAGGACGAGGAGAAGCUGCCUCGCGAUAAGGACAGUUUGGACCCCAUGGACAAUCACAUUUCCUUUCAGUGCGAGAGCAUGGAGGAGAUGGAGAAGAAGCUGAAGGACUUGGACGUGAAGUACAUGAAGAGAACAGUGGGAGAAGAGGAGGGGGCGCCCAUCGACCAGCUGUUCUUCAACGAUCCGGAUGGGUUUAUGGUGGAGAUCUGCAACUGCGAAAACUUGAAGCUGGUGCCUCAGCGCUCCAUCGGCAAGAUUAAGCUCCCUUCCGGUAAGCACCACCCGCCACUCGACUUGGGCGACCACGGAGAUGAUGCUGCUGCUGCUAAUGCGGCCGGCUAGCUAGGCCCGCCUAGAAAUUCAAAUGUUGCGGAUGGAAUGUGGACGUUCGUUUGUGAGAAGAGUGUGGUUUUGGAGAUGUUGAUCCAAUGUUUGCGACAAGUUCUGUUUUAUAUAUGUGGAGACAUUUGGAUGGAAUUAACCCUUUUA